AGCUCGUCAGGAAUCCCAUUUUCAUGUAUCGUUUUAAAAUUUGUUUUCUUUGUUGAGGACGUGUUCUUGAAUUCAGCUCGCCUUUUGUAAUGCAUACAGCUCGUUAGGCUGGAAUCCCCCACUAAAUGUUCACAUUCCAGACCAUUGUCACCUCAAGCUGGACCUCCCACAAAACCUGUCCAUGUGUAAUAAAUAGCAAGACGUUGCACAUUUGAUUUUUUUCAGCAUUUUCAUAUAGGACAACACAUUUCUUUGGUGACAAUGGAGACUGCUGCGUUCUACAUGGCACGGACUGUCGACAGACCAAAACGUCUUGUAUCCAAAACAGCGCAGCCCUUGCAACACGCUGCCAAAAAACGGGGGUCUGCUAAGCCAGCUAGCACGCCUGCAAAAUCCAAAGUGCGCCUUGUAAGGAAGAAAUCGGCUGUGACAGUGGCAACAGCCGGCGGCAGAACAGGCUGCUCUGGACUUUACAAGGAAGAGAUUAGGAUUAUGAAAAAGCAACUAAAUGACAUGGACAAUCGCUUGAAGACAGUGUCAAGAGAAUUGGAGGUGGAGAAGCAGUUUAGAAAGGCUGUGGAGGAACAUCUUAACAAGGCAGUGGAGGACCGUGCAAAGGCAGAGGAACGCUUCAAGAAGGUGGAGGAACUUCUGCAGCGGCUGGUUAACCCCCCACCUGCGGCAGCGCAGCUCACAGCUCACCAGGCCACGGCAGCGCAGCCCACAGCUCACCAGGCCACACUAGCACAACCACCAGCACCGCACACAACUGCUAGUGCUAGACGGCAAUUGACUUUCAACGCCACCCCAUCAACCCUUGGACCCAGGGUCCCGGCUGGAACUCCCCUGCCGGACAUUGAGCUCAGGGUCCUCUCUGCUGAGCGAGACGAUUACCUGUUCAGGCAGAGCCAACAAAGAGGCCAGCACAGGCCAGACAUUUAUGCCGCGAAUGUGUUCAUGGCUCUGACGCCAUUCGAAGAGUAUCAGCGGUGGGGGAAAAUGGUUAAUUGGAGUGGGUCACAAGGCAAGGCCACCUUGCCGCACAAUCUAAAGAAAAAAGUGCAUCAAUUAACCACAGAACGUUUUCCUGAUUUGUCUCCGGAAAACUGGGUCAAAAUCCGAAACCGGAUCAACGAAAGACUGCGAAGCCCCCGAAAAGUAGACCCUGAGGCGGAACGAAUUGGCCACUGA